GUCCCUUCCCACCUUCAUCUUGAUCAUUAAAACAAGAAGACGCACCGAUGCAGCCACCUGAUCAGUGUAGUACUGGGUGAGAAAGUCAGGGGCCGGGGAAAAAAGAAAAAGUAAAACGAUCUCAUUAAGAGGAGAUGAAGGGGUCUACUUGGGGGUACGGUGAAGAGAAUGGCCCAUCCUUGUGGCAUAAGGACUACCCCGUCGCCCAAGGGAGCCGCCAGUCUCCCAUCGACAUUGUCCCCUCCGAAGCCUCGUUCGACCCUCGCCUGGCUCCCAUCCAACUCUCCUACGACCAAUGCACAUCAAUCAACAUCUCCAACAAUGGACACUCCGUCGUGGUCGAGUUUGACGACUCCGACGCCAGAUCCGUGAUCCAUGGGGGGGCCUUGCCCAACCCUUACAGGCUGAGGCAGUUCCACUUCCACUGGGGGGAGAAGGGAUGCCAUGGGUCCGAACACACCGUGGCAGGGAAGGCCUUUGUGUCAGAGCUUCAUCUAGUCCACUGGAACGCUGAGAAGUACAAGACGUUUGGACAGGCUGCCCAGGAACCCGACGGCCUGGCUGUCCUCGGCAUCUUCCUGGAGACGGGUGAUGAUCACAGAUGGCUCCACAAGAUAACAGACGCCUUGUACAUGGUGAAGUUUAAGGGAAGCGUUUCAGAUUUCAAAGGUUUCAACCCCAAGUGCCUUCUACCCAGCAGCCUUCACUUCUGGACAUACCCCGGCUCUCUGACCACACCCCCUUUGCAUGAGAGUGUCAUCUGGAUUGUCCUGAAGGAGCCAAUUGUAGUUUCCGAAAAACAGAUGGGAAAGUUCCGGAUGCUGGUGUUCAAUGGAGAAGAGGAGGACUUGAGGAGUCGCAUGGAGAACAACUUCCGGAGCCCCCAGCCCCUGAAAGGCAGAAAGGUUCUUGCUUCUUUUAAGUGAGAAACCCCUUCCUGCCCCCGACGAAGAACCUGGAGCCCUGCACCAUGUCUGUCCUACCAUCACAGAGCCAUCCAUUGAUAUAUCUAGACUUUAGGCUGCCAUUCGGAAUCUACCUGUCCAGGCUCACCUUUACCUCUAACGCAAUAUGUACUAUGCAAUAAAUGAUGAAUUCCUGAUUGUAUAAUAACAAAAGAUUAUAAUAUAUGUUAUACAUGAGAGAAGAUCCAAUUGAAUUAUGUUUGUAGUUUGUUUUAAAGUGUUGCUCUCCUAUACAUUACAUUAAAUAUUUUAAAU